AUGCCGAAAUCGCGAGACAAUUCACCGGCCUCGCACGACAGCUCGGCCCGCUCCAGCAAGGCGGACGAGGAGACGACCACGGCGCCCCCGCUUCUAGAAGUCCCGGAAGAGACGACGCAGUCCUCGCAGACCACACGCCCACGCUCUUCGGCACGCCUCUCCUCCGAGUUACAAGUCCGCGCGAAGAUGCAGGAGGAGCGCCUGGACACGAUGCUGUCCAUCGUGGAAGAUUUGCAGGCAUCCACCGCGAAGGAGCCUCUGACCAUCAUCGCGUCAGAGGUGGAAAUUACUAAAACCACCUUGAUGGAGAUGCAUCUCAUGUUCCAUCAAGAGCAUCAAGCCCUCAACCGUCUGUGGCCGGUGUCACAGCUCGACCACGGCUAUUAUAAAACAAAGGUGGCGUCGCAAGAGGAGAAGGUGGUGUUGACCGCGCGAAAAUUAAUAGCUCAGCUGGAGCACCGGCUCGCGCCAAGCACGCCCACGCAGCCCACUACAUCCACGCAGACAACCGCUGCAAAAAGAUCACGCUUGCCGGAACUUGCGCUCCCAAAGUUCGAGGGUGAGUACAACAGAUGGCAGGCCUUCAAGUCGGCGUUUACGUCGGUGAUUUUGGAGCGCGACGACCUCGCCAACGUUGAUAAGCUCCAUUAUCUCAAGGGAGCGGUAUCAGGCAACGCAGCCCACGUGAUCGCUCAUUUACCCGCUACAAACGAGGCCUUCCAAAAGGCGUGGAAGCUUCUCGAUGAGUGGUUCGACAACAAGAGACUCAAUGUCCAGGCCUACAUGGACCGAAUUUCAGAGCUCAAGCCCAUGAAACAGCGGAGGGCUAGCUCGUUGAUCAAGAUGACCAACAUUAUCGGUGAAACACAGGAGGCGCUGACCACGUUUGGGCUCAACGACCAGCAUUACUGUUUUUUGUUGAGUCAUUUGGUGCGAUUACUGGAUUCGGACACUCGAGAACGCUGGGAGUCCUCUCUGAGUACUCAAACAGAUUACCCAACGAUGUCGCAGCUCACGACAUUCUUGCUGGGACGAGCCCGAACAUUGGAACAGCUGGAGCGGGUGGCCGAACAAAAGACGCCUCAGAACACGCAGACCUCGUCAGGACGCCCCGCCAGUCGCGACAUCCGGCUGGUGCAACAGAGAGCCGCCGUCCACGCAGCCGUCGCAGCGCAGUCCACGACAACGACGACUCCCUCGUCAUUAGUUCGACCACGCACGUCAGCGCUGUAUCCUUGUGCGCUCUGCGCCAAGGAUCAUUUCUUGUCCGCAUGCCCUGUAUUCAGGGACAAAACCGUGGAGGAGCGGAUCAGUACGGUGAAGGCUCAGCAGUUGUGCGUGAACUGCUUGGGCCACCAUAAUUUAAGAAGCUGCCGUACGCAACAACGGUGCAAGCUCUGCAAUGAGCAGCACCACACAGCACUUCAUGGAGGCAACCUCAUCAGGGUGUUGGUGCCAUUCCCGCCGACCGCGCAGCCCACGACCCUCUCCACGUCUUCGCAGCCCGCGGCGAGAACAUCUCAGACCACGCAAACGCAAUCAACACAACAUUGA